UGGGGCUGGCUGGCAAAGUGCAAGGAAGCUGCAGCAUCGGCAAAUGAAGGACUAGCUUGCACAAAUCACAGCAUUAUCUGACAGCUGCUGCAUCACACAGGCUGCUUUCCUCCAGGUCCUGGAAUUCUCACAGCGUGCUUCUAGUCCAGGCAGGCAUUACUGUGCAGCUGGUUUUAAAAAAAUUACAGAUGGGACUACAGUCCACACUGCUGAAUGUAUACCAGUUAUCCCUUGGAUGUCAUCACCACUCUGAUUGCCCCAUUUUUUGGUGUCUUGAAGACUAAAGCCUGAAUCUUGCUUAUUGGCGGUUCACAGCAGCUGUGUGUAUAUUCAUAUACUUGUGUGUAUAUGUGUCUGUGUAUGUGAGUGCAUGCUUCUUCUGCAAGCAGGUGUUUAUUUGCACUUGUGUGAUAAUGUAACUCUGACUAUUGGAAUACUGGAAGAAUACUCUUGAUUAUGCAAUGCUCUGGAAGUCAUCCACAGUCACGGAUGGUAACAGAAAAGAAAACCUGGAACUGUAAGCUUUCUGUAGCAUCUUUCUGUUUCUCUUGUCACAUAAAAAGAGAGAGAGUUUGUGGAGUGAACAUACUAAGAAAUUCUGUAAGAAAUAAAUGCUGCUAGGUGUAAGCUGCUCUUCUAUGACUUCAGUUUAAACUGCUCACUUUUUUUGUAAUCUGAACAAAAUAAAACUUGGGAACGUGUUACUUAAAACUGUCUUCCUUCACCUUGGAGUGUUAGUAUCCCACUCUAAUGGAUUAUGUCCAUUCCUUUGGUAACUUCCCUAAGCAUUUCAGCAGUGCAAAAACUAUAGACAAGAGUUCUGUGUUAAUGCAAUCUUCCUUUGUCAAUUUUUUGUAGAGAUGAAAGAGACGAACAGUGCAAACUAAGAGAUGCUGACAGGCACCAAUACUGACUAGCUCUUAUCCUAAGGGAGACUGGGGAAGAGAGAGUGAGACAGAGGGAGAACAACAGUAUGAGAUGCAAGAUUUUCUGCUCAAGAGGGAAAUAAUCAUUAAAAGCUUGGCUUAUGGAGCUAGAAGAACCAGGAGGUCGAGAGUACCCUUCCUUGCUUGAAACCAAAAUUAAUAAAAUCACAAAGAACCAUUCAUGUUGACAGAAUAAAACGCUACCCUGGAAUAUUAUAUAAAGACUGUUUCUUUAUGGCAUUCUUUAAUAAGAGGUUGGCCACUGUUUCCUCACCGGUUUCCAUGUGUACAGUCUGCUGAUUUCAGAAAACUGCAAGAGAUAUAAUGAAUAUCUGGGGAUUCUCAUUAAAGAACUGUGGUAAAUACAUGUAAUCUGUAUGUCUUAAAUACAGCAUCUACAGACAAGGUAUGCAUAACUUACUAGGUGAAACUUCUGUACUGAAAAGCAUUUUAUUCUGAAAUGUUCUUCCAGGCAUAGGGGAAGUUUAACCAGCUAAAAUAUUUUGCACCUGAAUAGAAUAAGUAUAGACAAAUAUUCUCCUUCAAGAAAGCAAUGGAUUACAGGUAGACAAUGUUUCUUCAUUUAGCACAUAUGGUACUGCACGGAUAUUAUGACAAGCAGUUGGACUGCAGGGAUUACACAGGUGAGUGCUACAUCUAGGAUACAUCAAAGAGUUCAAAUAACUUUAACCACUAAAGAUAUCAGUAUAGCAGAUAGUGUGAUGUACUUAAAUGCUAUGGCAAACUUAACAGCUGCAUAACAUCAGCUUGGACUGAAGGGGGAUUAAAUAUGUGGCCCAAUACAGAAUAUUCAGCCAUGCUAAUUCUGAGCACAGGCCUUUUGAGAUAAUGGUUGAGUUUACAUUUGCUUGGCAACGAGUAGUCACUAUUUUGGAGAUUCAAUACGUCAAAAAUAAUGACCAGAUGCAAAGAUAAAAGACCUUGUUAGAAAUUGUCCAGACUUAGCCCUUCAUAAAAAAGAUAUCCUUACAUGAUACUCCAUUUUAGUCAUUCAAGUUUUAGAGGACAAAGACUGGACCUGGAUAAGAAGCCUAUUUCUCUAGUGUAUGCAGUCUGUUACACACAGAUAACUGGCUUAAUCACUACAUGGAAAGAUAUUCAGAAAUAUCAGCAUUAAAAUGCAUAUUAAAAUGUACCAUAUGGAACCAGAACCAAGGCAAUAUCAAAAUAUUACAUUUAAACUGAUAAAGAAACUGAAAGUAAUUCACUGUCAAGACUUUCUAUUAGAAGACCAUUAAUUCAAACCAGGGAAACAGAAAAUACUAUGAGAUAAGAGGACUUAAAGUCUGCAUAGUACCCCAUGGCUGUCAGGGCUAAAGCUGGAAACAGUCUUGCCUUUCAUUCUUACUGCAACUGCUAUAUGCCUAAUAUCCCAGCAAUGUCCUGAAGGUAUAAAGCAGACAGCAAGUUACAGUGGUCAUCCUCUGGCAGACCUUCCUGGACACUGGCACUGAGUCAUUCUGAGUGGGAUGGAGCUCUUUUCUUCUUCUUCAUCAUUAUCUGGUGGAAUUUGAUUGAUGGGAUGAUUAUUUGAGCAGUAAUAGUCUGUUUUAAAAUGUUGAGCUCUCCCUGGCUGAGAGGGGCUCCAUGGGGGAACAGUGAGGUUCAGGGAGAGCGGGAUGGGCAAAAGCUCACUUCCUCCGAGUUUCUGCUCACGCACAUGAAGGAUGUCCUCCAGGGCCACGCAAGACAGCGAGACGAGUGAGCGCCCCUCCAGUGAGAGAGAACGCAUCCGGAGUCACAUGAAAAUGGUGAUUGGACAGCUGGAAGGAAUCCUGCAGGAACUGAAGGAUGUCGCGAAAGAGCUACGUGAGGUUGUCAGCCAGAUUGAUCAACUAACUGCAGAUUUUGAAUUUGACUUGGAGGCUGAUGACUGGACAACGGCCACUGUGAGCAGUACGUCUAGCAGUGAUACACUGCGGAACAAUGAGAAGGGCUGUGGUAUGUUUGAUGUUGGACAAUUGGAUUUUUUGACUCCAGAAGUUUUGUCAGACAGCUGGGAGUUCUGCUCCUUUCUAGAGCCUCAAACCCCCUCAGACUGUGGGAAGUCAGAAGGUGGGGAGAGCACAGAGCAAUCAGUCAAGCAACCUGACUACAGACUUAUGAAUGGAGGUUUAAACUUGACUCCAAAUGGGCCUGGAAUUGUGACACCAAGUUCCUCCAGUGAUGAAACUCUUAGCUCUAUCCAUAGCCACAAAACUACACAAAGGACAUCAGGGACGAGAGAAAGGGUACGGUUUAGUGACAAAGUGUUGUAUCAUGCUCUUUGUUGUGAUGAUGAGGAAGAAGAGGAGGAACCCAAAACAGCAGUCACUAGCCCUGUGAAGAUCAACACCAAUGGACAGCAAUCUCCCUCUCCCAUAUCCAAGUUACAGCAUCAGCUUUCAGUCGGGGCAGUGGGUAACCCCCAUAACACCCUCAACCCUAAGAGGAAACUGACCAAGAAUAGCAGUACACAGACAGUGUGUGAUAAAAGCACACAGACAGUCCUUCCCUAUAUCCCUAACAAGCAGAAGGUCAAAGGCAAAACCUAGAAAUCCCAAAACAGAACCAGAGUAAAACAAACAUUUGACUACCUAACAGUCACUCUGAGACUCAGGGAAAAACUGUUUUACAGAAUGGAAGAUUAGAAAAUGCUAACAAUAAUGAUUCUAAUUAACAAAAAUGAUGCUAUAAAUAAUAAAUACAUUUUACAAAGAGGUUGUCUCCAGAAAAAUUUAAACGUGCAAUGGAUAUUUACAUUCAUUAGGGCAAAGAUCUAUUUAUUUUAUACAUUUCAUUGUAUAUCAUUAAACAAAGCUUUCUUUUUUUGUUA